AUGACGUUCAUUGUUAUGGCUCAUAAUUUUCAGAUAUCUACGGAAUGUCAAGAGGAUGAAAGAUUGGGUUUGUUAGGUAUAAAGAGCUUUUUCUUAUCAAAUGAUAACACCUUCAAGAACUACAAUAAUCCUUUUGAUUCUUGGGUUGGAGCUAACUGUUGCAAUUGGGAUCGAGUUAAAUGCAGUAAUGAUGAUGAUCUCUCUUCUACUGCCCAUGUGAUUGAGCUUUUUCUCUAUGACUUGUUGAGUUAUGAUCCUAAUAACAAUACAACUUCUUUGUUAAGUGCUUCUCUAUUUCAAGAUUUGAAGCAAUUGAAAACUCUUGAUUUGUCUUAUAAUGCUUUCUCUCAUUUCACUGCAAAUCAAGGACUCAAUAAACUAGAGAGUUUAAAUCUUACUCGGAAUUAUUUUGAUAAUCAAAUCAUUCCAUCUUUGAGUGGACUUCCGUCGAUGAACAAGUUGGUGCUUGAAGCAAAUUUAUUAAAAGGCUCUAUCACUUUACUUGGUUUGGAACACUUGACAGAAUUGCAUCUUGGUGUCAAUCAACUCAAUGAGAUAUUACAAUUGCAAGGUUUAGAAAAUUUGAGGGUGUUGGAUCUAAGUUACAAUAGAUUGAAUAUGCUCCCUGAACUUCGAGGUUUGAAAAGGUUGAGAGUUUUGGAUCUAAAUGGUAACCAUUUGGAUGGAACAAUACAAGGAUUGGAUGGAUUUUCAAGUUUGAAUAAAUUGGAGAUUUUAAAUCUUCAAAAUAAUAAUUUCAACAAUAGUAUCUUUUCAUCGUUGAAAGGACUUGUAUCAUUAAAGAUUUUGAGUCUCGAUGGUGACAAUGAUCUAUGUGGUAUUAUUCCUACCGAAGAUAUUGCAAAAUUAAGGAGCUUGGAAAUUUUGGAUCUUUCUAACCAUAAUUAUUAUGAUGGAGCCAUACCUUUGCAAGAUUUGAAGAACUUGAAAGUAUUGAAUCUAUCACACAAUCAAUUCAAUGGUUCACUACCAAUACAAGGAUUUUGUGAAGCAAACAACCUAAUUGAGUUGAAACUAAGAAAUAAUCAAAUCAAAGGUGAAUUAUCAGAAUGUAUUGGAAACUUCACUAAACUUAAAGUUGUUGAUAUCUCAUAUAAUGAAUUUAGCGGAAAAAUUCCGACCACAGUCUCCAAACUCACAUCAUUGGAGUACUUAUCCCUUGAAGAAAAUGACUUUGAAGGCACUUUCUUAUUCUCCUCCUUAGCUAACCACUCUAACCUCAGACAUUUUCACCUAUUAGGUGGAAACAAUAUUCAAGUGGAAACUGAAGAAUUACAUGAAUGGCAACCUAAAUUUCAAUUGGAAACCCUCUCAAUGCCUGGUUGUAACCUCAAUGAACAAACUGCAUCAAAAUUCCCCACUUUCUUACUCUCACAGCAUAAGUUGAAAUAUCUUGACCUUUCUCAUAACCACUUGAUUGGACCUUUUCCUUUCUGGUUGCUACAUAAUAAUUCUGCGUUGAACUCUUUGGAUUUGAGGAACAACUCACUUUCAGGACCUCUUCAACUCUCCAAACGAAACCACACCAGUUUGAGGCAUUUGCAAAUCUCAAGUAAUAAUUUUAGUGGUCAAUUGCCUACCCACUUAGGUCUCCUUCUACCGCAAGUUGACCACUUCGAUAUAUCAAAAAAUAGUUUUGAAGGAAAUCUUCCUCCAUCUAUGGAACAAAUGAAGAUGCUAUGUUGGUUGGAUGCAUCAAACAACAAAUUUUCUGGAGAUAUACAAAUAUCUAUGUUCGACAACACAUCUUCACUACAAUUUUUGCUUCUAGCAAACAAUUUCUUUAGUGGAAACAUUGAGGAUGCAUGGAAAAAUAAAAGAAAUUUGACUGCAUUGGACAUAUCCAACAACAUGAUAUCUGGCAAAAUUCCUACUUGGAUUGGUAGUUUAGAUGGUCUUCAAUAUGUCCAAAUGUCAAGAAACCGUUUUGCAGGUGAACUUCCAAUACAAAUUUGUUCCCUUUUUGGACUUACGAUGUUGGAUGUCGCUCAAAAUCAACUAGUUGGUGAAAUACCAUUUAACUGCUUCAACUCUUCAUCAUUGGUUUACUUAUACAUGAGAAAGAAUGGGUUCUCAAGAGCUAUACCACAGGGAUUAUUAUCUAGUACUGCCUCAAUUUUGAAAGUUAUUGAUCUAAGCUACAACAACUUUUCAGGAUAUAUUCCUAAAUGGUUCAACAUAUUUACAAGCUUGCGGGUUCUUUUGUUGAAAGGGAAUGAAUUGGAAGGUCCAAUUCCAACACAAUUAUGUCAAAUUACAAAAAUAAGUAUUAUGGAUCUUUCCAACAAUAAACUCAGUGGAACGAUACCAUCAUGCUUCAAUAAUAUAACAUUUGGAGACAUAAAAGUAAAUCAAACAAACAUUCCAAAUUUUAGUGAUCUUGAAGUCACUACUGAUACCUCGAAUGUUGAUACUGAUAAUGGAUGUGGCAAUGUAAACAUCUAUAGUAGGAUAUGUUAUAUGUUUAAUACAUAUUCAUCAACAGUACAAGUGGAAGUGGACUUUACUACAAAACAUAGGUACGAGAGUUACAAAGGAAAUAUUCUAAACUAUAUGUCUGGACUUGAUUUAUCAAGUAACCAACUAACAGGUGAGAUUCCUCAACAAAUUGGAGACUUGGUACAAAUUCAUGCCUUGAAUUUCUCUUACAAUAGGUUGGUAGGAAACAUACCAAAAGUAUUCUCCAAUCUUAAACAACUAGAGAGUUUAGAUCUUUCUAAUAACUUAUUGAGUGGGCAUAUUCCUUCCGAACUUGCUACACUCGAUUGUCUUUCUAUCUUCAAUGUGUCAUACAACAAUUUGUCAGGUAUGAUCCCAACAGCACCACACUUUACAUAUCCUGAGAGCAGUUUCUAUGGCAAUCCUAAUCUAUGCGGAUCAUACAUUGAACACAAAUGUUCAAGCCAUGCUUUACCAACAGACAACCAAUAUACAAAUUUGGAAGAAGAAGCAGAUGGAACAUUCUUUGAUUUAGAAGCAUUCUUCUGGAGCUUUGGAACUUCCUACAUCACACUGCUCUUGGGAUUUGUAGUGGUUCUAUGCAUAAACCCACAAUGGCGUCAAAGAUGCUCCAGCAAUGGCAAUAAUGGAGUUUUUCAAGAGUAUAAUUUUGUUGGAGCAUUACAAUGGUCAGAUUUCAUAAAGAUUAUCUUCCAAGAGUUUUCACAGAUAUAUUGUAAUGGCUAUUUUAAGUAUAUUGAUCUUGCUCAUAACCAGUUGACUGGAGCAUUCCCUUUUUGGUUAUUACGGAAUAACUCUGCAUUGGAGCACUUGGAUUUGAGUGAUAAGUUACUUACUGGGCCUCUUCAUCUCUCCACUUCCAUCAACAAUUUGGAAGUUAUGGAAAUUUCAAAUAAUCUUUUUAGUGGUCAAUUGCCAACCAACUUGGGUUUUCUUCCACCAAAUGUUCUGCACUUACAACCUAUCAAGAAAUAA